CUUCAAAGGCGGCCGCAGCUAAUCCAGUCCCGUUGGUUGUCGUUUUAACAAAGCCUUGAAGAAUUAAUCUUAUAAGCCAGUCCGGCCCCGGAAAAAGGAAAUGUAUCAAAUAACAGUAACCUUUACGACAAGUCCCUUGAACAAAGUGUAUUAGGGUUCAAAACUGCGCCCAAUCACUGAUCCCACAUUGUUUUCUAGAUCAGAGACCACUGCUGCUGCGGUGCUUUGCUCAUUAUGAGAAAUGUGGUUUAUUUAUGAGAAUUUCUGUGCAGGGAACAAUUUUGAUGUUGAUUUUAUCACUGACACCUUUUGUAAUGACCGGUUAUUGUUUAAAAGAGGCUGACGUGCAUGAUUAUCAAAUAUUUUGCCGCUAUUCAUUACAAGAUUGCUGUACUACACGCCCUGAUGCAAAGUCAAUAUGGCGGCAGAGAGUGCCACAACAUCUCCACCUGCUCUAGCUGGAAGCUCCUUUUCAAUAGAAAACCUUUUGAAUCUCUCACAAGGUGCUACAGAAAAGAAGCCAACAGCCAGGCUCUCAACUGCUACUUCAACGUGUGAUUCCCUCCGAAGGCCGUCAUUUCCACUUGUUCCUAAGGCAGUACGUCCGUUUGCGUAUCAUGCUCACAGUUUGCCUCUUUGUACCCCUGACCCUGGACUUAACUUUGGUGGAAUCCCACAUCCUCGUUCAGAGCCAAGCAUUAACCAUUUUCCAAUUCCAAACAAUGGACCUCCAUUAGGUGUGGAGCUUUUUACAAUAAGACGAAGACGACCGAUGAGGAAAAAGAAGCAACGUCCCUUGUUUUCACCCCAUCAGAUCCAAACAAUGGAGACGGAGUUUACAAAAUGUCAGUAUGUCUCUGAAAGCAGGCGAGCCGAGCUGGCUUCAGACUUAAAUCUUACGGAAACACAAGUGAAAACCUGGUUUCAGAAUCGACGAACAAAGUCCAAAAAAGAAACACGAGAUAAACAAGAUCAAUCAACUUCGGAAAUAGGACGGAGGCCCUUUAAAUUCACUGACCAACAUUUGCUUGAAGAGGAAAGAAACUUUCGUAAACAGGAGCAUUGCAUACAUUCCUUUUUCUCAUAUCACCCAAGUUCCUUAUUUACUUUGCCUUCGCUGGGUCGUUCCUCUGGAUUGUUGUAGAUAUCUUAUUGAAGCCAACGAUGGAUCAUAUAUAUUGGAAUAUUUUAUAUACAAAAGAAUCUACUCAACAUUUGAACAGAUCUUAUUCGCCCUUUGCUAAGAGGAAUGAUUUACAAAGCCAUUUAGAUAAUAUGUCAGCCGAAGCAAAGCUGUCAAAUCUAAGAAAUUUUCACUCUUACAUGAACUACGUGUAUACAUAUUACUGUGUUUUAUUCAGUAAAUGAAAGAUCAUAAAACAUACAAUAUAUAUUGCACCGGAAAUCAUGUCACUUGCUGUUUUACUUCAUAAUUCAAUAAAGUUUCUAUUGGUAUCUGUACUCGUCUUGUUACCGUUGAACAAAAUUCGUUGGCAAUAAUCAUUAAAAAAAAAAAUUUUAAUAUGGAUUUCUGUUUGUUUUAUUUGUAGCACAUUAAGCAUAGCAGUGCAGAGAUUUUGUUGCAACAAGCCGCUUACAACAUCUCGCCACAUAGUGAUUGCUUAUAAAAAUAUAGACCGUCAGACGUGGGUCAGCAACGUACAUGAAAUCGAGAACACGUACAUUUCUUACAAAAUGAAACAGAGCAUAGCUGUUCAGGUAUUUUCGUACCUUAAGUUGAAUUGUGUUGAGUUGGGCAACAAGUUAAUUGGCGGAAAGGAUAAAGGGAACUGUUCACUGCUGCCCGGUCUUCGCCAGAGUUUUCGAUAAAGUGAUACUGGCGAUCAAGGUAUUUUAACCCUGGUAAAGCGGUAAACUGAUUCAAUUAGGAAAGUUCGCCUUUUAACCUUUAUUCUACGGACUGAUUUCUUUUCGCUUUAGUGAUAUACAGACUAUUGUCAUUAUUUAGUGGAUUUUUGCAAGGAUCUUUCAGUUUCACUGGGUAGCUGUAAAGAACGUAAACUUGCUUUGUGUCGAAAAGGCAAUUAUAAGCGCAUUGCCAACUUGUUGUCAGGUUAGAACUAAGUUGGGAGAGCUGAUAAGCUGAAGUUUUUAAUAAAAUUGCUGUUAACGUUGAA